AUGCAAUCACAACAACUACUAUAUCUAGACGAGAUGGAUUCUCGUGUACCUGAACCAGGUGCUUUUGUACGUCCUCAGGAAGGAGGAUCAAUUGAAAAUGAAACCUUCUUUCAGACCGAGUUGUGCUGUUCAACUCUCGGCAACGCUGAAAAGCCUAAUGUACAGCCAGUAACUACUAUAGAAGCAACACCAGCGUUGUUGUUUACCCCAUUGGAAGGGGUCUGCGCAUCUCAACAACAACAACAACAAACUCAACAGUGGCGAAAAUCAAAACGUGGAUGUGAGGAGACAUCACAACCCGCUGGAUACACUACAAAUACAAUAAUAAAUACAAAUACAAUUACUACUACAAAUACUACUACUACUACUACUACUACUACUAAUACUGUUCUUGCUGGAAAAACAGGGCGAUGCAGAAGUAGACAAACAAUAUCCUCAAGUGUUGCUGGUGGAGCAGCGGCGGUUUCUGAUUUCUGCAGUGAUAUGGGUUGGGGUGCCCCUGGCGACUCCCCCGUCUCUUCCGUGGAGUGCAACACAGAAGAUGACGGUGAAGACUUCGAGGAUGAACUUUCAAAUGCGAAGAAACGGGCGAGUGAAGGUGUGCGGGCACAACAUCUCUACUCUGCAGAUCUCGGCUCGCGAUUCUGCCACAGCUCUGCCAUGUCUCGGUUUACGCGUGCCUGUUUUGCCUCUGCCGCUUCUAUUUUUUCUGCACCUCAACCUCUCAGGAGUGUGGGAUUGAGAGAUAAUGAGGAAAAAGAAAAAGAGGAUGAGAAGAAGUAUAGGGAUAUAUAUUCACAGGCGAGUGUACCACCACUACCACCAUCAUCUUCCUCUUCCUCUUCCUCCUCUUUAACUGUGGCCCGUCGUGAUGGAAAUACGGCGUUGAAUUUUACCAGUAAUGAUGUGAGCAUUGUGCGAGCCUUUGCCAUGUCUCUUCUAGAGGAGGAGGAAAAGAAGAAAAAGAAAAGCAGACGAAAUCGAAAAGAAGAGUUAGAGAGGGAGGAAGAAGAGGGAAUGGAUGAUUGUUUAUCGUAUAUGUGA